AUGGCCAAGCAGGUACUGGACCUGUACGAGUUAUACCGCCUAGUUGUACAACAUGGAGGUCUCGUCGAGAUUAUAAACAAGAAACUCUGGCGAGAAAUCACCAAAGGCCUGAAUCUGCCCUCCAGUAUCACCUCAGCAGCCUUCACUCUUCGUACCCAGUAUCAGAAGUAUCUGUACGACUACGAAUGUGAAAAAGAGGCCCUCUCUAACCCCUCAGACCUCCAAGCCGCCAUUGAUGGUAACCGACGAGAAGGUCGACGAAAUGCUUCAGCGCCAAAUUUCGGCCCGUUGGGAUAUCCAUUGCCACAUGCGUCGUCAGCGGCUAAUCUUCUCACAAAACCAUUCAGCGGUCUCGGAAUGAGAAACGGUAAUUGUACCUGUGAUGCAAUUUUUCACAGGCUCUCAUAUACGAAGAAAAACGGGUUGUCAAUGCCAUUGCCACAAAAUAAUCUCCUGGCCGCGUAUCGAGCUGAGCAAAUGGCAAUGUUCGAGGCGCAACAACGACAAAUGGAACGAGCGCAACGAGCGGCAGCAGAAGCUGUGGCACGACAUGGUGCUAUGACGAUGGCACCAUCUGGACGAGCCUCACCGUCGUCAGUGGAUUCUGAAGCGCCGGUCAAGCGAGCACGAUUAGCAGAACCCUCCACUGAUACCCCUGUGAAUACUGGUGGACAAAUGAAGAUCACCACGAGGAAACCAGAAGGCCAACAAGCCGAUAAUUCUAUGGUGGUGUCAAUGGAAAUCAACGGCAUCACCUAUCAAGGAGUGCUGUUUGCCCUGGAAGAGGGCAGCAAAACCUAA